AUGCGUUGCUGCAGACCGGAGACAAGCUCUCCUCCGAGAGCUGGCCACAGGGAGGAGGUCAUCCUUCGAGUCACAGGGGCUUCGGUUCAUCUCAUGGAGGAGGAUGGGGCCGUCGACCUCGCCCGGGGAGACCUGAUCGUCCUCAGGGUCUUCGACGGCGCCGUCCUCCUCGCCGUUAUCGUGCGGAUCAACGCCGACAUCCAGUGGCCCCUCACCAGGGACGAACCCGUCGUUAAACUCGACGAGCUUCACUACCUCUUCUCCCUGCCGGAGAAGGGCGGCGGCUUCCUGAACUACGGGGUCUCCUUCUCCGGCGCCGGCGACCGGUUGAAGCCCCUCGACUCUUUCCUCGAGGAGAACGCCUGCUUCUCGGUCUCCCCCCGACCUUCUUCUCCCCCCGGCGAGGACUACUGGAGUAGCCUUAAGGUCGACGACUACAAUGGGCUACUGGCGAAGACCAUCGCCGCCGGCACUGGCCAGAUAGUGAAAGGAAUCUUCAAGUGCAGCGACGUCUACGCGAACCAGGUCAGACAGAUUGGGGCAAUGCCCACCUCGAAUUAUUAUCGUCGUAUCUUCGUGAACAAUGAUCAGCGAUGAUUAAAACCCCGCCAGGUCCAGAGAGGAGCAAAGCUGAUUCAGUCAAGGAGCCGAAGCGGUGUAACUUCUGGCGGAACAACGAGGACGACAGCGGACAGGAAGCACAGUAGCGUCAACAGGAGCAUCCGAAGGUUAGUUUAGUCGGGCCUCUGCGGCCGGCGGCGGUAAGCUCUCGUUCGUCUCUUACUUACCUUCGUCGUCUAUGCGGAGGCUUCAGUGUGCGGAGGCUGUCGGAGAUGACGGAGAAGAUGAGCCGGUCUCUGCUCGACGGCGUCCUCUCUGUCACCGGAUCUCUGGCUACGCCUGUGUUUAGAUCAAGAGCCGGGAAGUCGGCCCUCGCGACCGUUCCUGGGGAAGCUCUCCUGGCUACUCUUGACGCAGUCAGUAAGUAGCGUGCAACACGAUGGAGACGUGAAGAUCUACCCGAACGCUAAUCUGGUUUAGACUUCUGCAGACAAGGUCCUGGACGCAGUGGAAGCAGCAGAACGGAAGACCAUCGCUGCAACUGGAAGGACCGUCGCGGGGGUGGUUUCACAGAGGUGAGGAAGAGGAAGGAUUCUCUAAAGCAGUCAUCUUCGUCAAAAUCUUGUUCUUAGGGGAUCUCGAAUUCUUGGGCAGGUUCGGUGAGAACGCCGGAGAAGCGACGGAGGACGUCUUCGCCACUGUCGGGCACGCCGUUGGGACGGCAUGGAAUAUCUUCAAGAUCCGCCAGGCCAUCGGCCCGUCUUCCUCCACCUCCUCGUCCAUACUGAAGAGCGCGGUGAGGAGGAAACGGAGCUCACGAUGA